UCACUUCUCAGGAAGUGAGACAGACAGUCGUUGUCACUGAGCGAGAGGUGAAAUGGCGCAGAAAAGAAUUAAGCUGGACCGGGAAACCUUCUCUUGUCCCAUCUGUCUGGAUCUACUGAAGGAUCCGGUGACUACUCCCUGUGGACACAACUGCUGCAUGAACUGUAUUAAAAGCCACUGGGAUGUUGAGGAUCAUAAGGACAGCUACAGCUGCCCUGAGUGCAGGAAGACGUUCACACCGAGGCCUAUCCUGCUGAAAAACACCAUGUUAGCAGAUUUAGUGGGGGAGCUGAAGAAGACUGGACUCCAAGCUGCUCCUGCUGAUCACUGCUAUGCUGGAGCUGAAGAUGUGGCCUGUGAUGUCUGCACCGGGAGAAAACUGAAAGCACACAAGUUCUGUCAUCAAUGUCUGGCUUCUUACUGUGAGCAACACCUUCAGCCUCAUUAUGAAUCAGAGACAUUCAAGAAACACAAGAUGGUGGAGCCGUCCAAGAAGCUCCAGGAGAACGUCUGCUCUCAUCAUGAUGAGGUGAUGAAGAUGUUCUGCCGUACUCAUCAGCAGCUUAUCUGUUAUCUCUGCUCUGUGGAUGAACAUAAAGGCCACGACAUAGUCUCAGUUGCAGCAGAAAAGACUGAGAGGCAGAAAAAGCUCAAGGGGAGUCGAUUAAACAUCCAGCAGAGAAUCCAGGACAGAGAGAAAGAUGUGAAGCUGCUUCAACAGCAGGCGGAGGCCAUCCAUCGCGCUGCUUAUAAAGCAGUGAAGGACAGCGAGAAGAUCUUCACUGAGCUGAUCCGUCUCCUGGAGAAAAGAAGCUCUGAUGUGAAGCAGCAGGUCAGAUCCCAGCAGAAAAGUGAAGUGAGUCGAGUCAAAGAGCUUCAGGAGAAGCUGGAGCAGGAGAUCACUGAGCUGAAGAGGAAAGAUUCUGAGCUGAAGAAGCUCUCACACAUAGAGGAUCACAACCAGUUUCUACACAACUACCCCUCACUGUUACCACUCAGCCAAUCAACAUCCAGCAUCCAUAUCCGUCCUCUGAGCUGCUUUGAGGACUUGACAGCGGCCGUGUCAGAAGUCCGAGAUAAACUACAGGACGUUCUGAGAGAGAAGUGGACAAACGUCUCACUGACAGGGACUGAAGUGGACGUUUUACUGCCACAACCAGAGCCCAAGACCAGAGCUGGAUUCUUAAAAUAUUCACGUGAAAUCACACUGGAUCCAAACACAGUAUACACACAUCUGGUAUUAUCUAAGGGGAACAGGAAAGCAACAUUAAUGAGACAACAACAGUCUUAUUCUAGUCACCCAGACAGAUUCACUAACAAGUCUCAGGUCCUGAGUAGAGAGAGUCUGACUGGACGUUGGUACUGGGAGGUGAAGAGGAGAGGAGAAGUUUCUGUAGCAGUCGCAUACAAGAAUAUCAGCAGAGCAGGUGGGAAGGAUGAAUGUGGAUUUGGACGAAAUGACAAAUCUUGGGCGUUAGAUUGUAUUGAUAACAAAUAUACAUUUUCUUACAACAAUGUCGAAACUCAAGUCUCAGGUCCUCUGUCCUCCAGAGUAGGAGUGUACCUGGAUCUCAGUGCAGGUAUUCUGUCCUUCUACAGCAUCUCUGAAACCAUGACUCUCCUCCACAGAGUCCAGACCACAUUCACUCAGUCGCUCCAUGCUGGACUAAGGGUUGGUUGGUCUUCUGGAGAGUCUGCUGAGUUGUGUAAAGUGAAAUAGUCAGAAGUAAUUUAAGGGUUAAAUUUUAACUUUUAAAUUCUAAGUUUUAACUCUUUGACUUAUUUAGUUUCCAUGUUUGUUGCUGAGAGCUGAUUGGUGUGACAUUCUAUUUUGUCGACGUUUUUUUGUCAGUGUUUUUGACGUUUGUUUGCUUUUAUCAGCGUUUUUGUAAAUUUGUUUGACUUUAUUUUGCUUGUAUUGACGUUUUAUAAGUGAUUAGAUGUUUUUGGUUUGUUGACAAAACAUUCGGGGAGCCCUAGAAUCUCUCAAUGUGCUCAGUUGAGAUCUGUUAUUUUACCUUUGAUUGUUGAAACACGAAAAUAUGUUACAAAAGAUCUAUACCGAGAUGAUCUGUAGAUAUUAGCUGUUGUUUGUUAAUCAUGUAUUUCUCCACGUUCUGUAUCUGCGGGACAGGAAGAUGUCUGUUAAAUAGCGGUGUCUUGUAAUCCCAUGUGGGAUGGGCCAAAUGUUUGGCGUGACACAGAAAUCAAAUCAAACUGAAAGUGUAUUUAGUUUCUCUUCCACUGCAUGGCUCUGAAGAGAGAAAGCACCAGACCUCCUUUAUCCUACACACUUUGUGAACUGAUAUGAGAGUAUAACUGAGGCGUCUCUGUCCUUUCACCUUUCCUCACUAAAACUGCUCCGUCACAGAGAAAUUCAAUUCAAUUUCAAUUCAGUUUUAUUUAUAGUAUCAA